UUUGCCUUGCACUCUUCUCUACCCAUUUUGAACAAAAAAUUCAGUGUCAACUUGUGCUAAAAAAAGUACCAUUAAUUGCUUUCCUCGACCUCUCUCGUCCAAUUACACAUAUCUUAGAGUGCAGUGAAGAGAAGAAAAACAAAAAUGGGAGUUGAAGGAACAGUGGAAUACUUCUCUAACUUGGCAAGCUACCUCAAGAAAAGCAAGAAAAAGAAGCAAAUCCAAACCGUAGCCCUCAAAGUCAGGAUGGACUGUGAUGGCUGUGCUCGCAAGGUCAAACAAGUCCUCUCCGGAGUCAAAGGAGCGAAGUCUGUGGAAGUAGACCUGAAGCAGCAAAAGGCGACAGUGACGGGGUACGUUGAUGCAAAGAAAGUGCUGGCCGCAGCUAAGACGACGAAGAAGAAGGUGGAGCCGUGGCCUUACGUUCCGUACACGUUGGAGGCACAUCCAUAUGUUUCACAGGCAUAUGACAAAAAGGCACCACCUAAUAUGGUGAGGGGUGUUCCGGUGACCGCCACCAUCACCGAAAGUACUGUGGACGAUAAUUACUCCACCGUGUUCAGUGAUGAUAACCCACACGCAUGCACUAUUAUGUAAAUCAUUAUAUAAUCAUAUUGAAAAAUAAUUCGGCGGAGUACCGGUGAACUAAUGCACUGGUCUAUUUUUAGCCGUUCAAUCUUUUAAGAACAGAUCAAACGGUCAGCAGAAAUAAAUUAAAUAAUACAAAAUAUGAGAUUUUGAGACUUUAAUAUCAAAUUGAAUUCUUCCUAUUCUCUCUCCCCCAAU